UCUGCAGUAGAGUGGCGAACCGGAAAUGGGUCGCAGGUGCGUCAGCGAACGUUGGGGGCGGACUCCAGCUAGCCGUUGCGACAGGAACCGCAGUCGCCGUCGAUGCCCGGCCGAGAAGGGUCGCCUUGUGGUUUCGUCUCUCUUUUGCUCUUUUGUGAAUCUUAUUCUCUGUCGUCGUUCUUCUGAUUGGCUUCUUCUUUGAUCUAUCCCGGCAGAUGUCUCAUUAAUGCGUGGCCUAGAGGAUGACUGGGUUGGGGAACUAUAUUGAAAGAAAACUAUGAAAAAUUGGAGCCUUUUUCUGCUACGGAGGGCCCGUUGUCGCAAGCUCGGUUUCGGAGCCUCUGGUGGCAGUUGAAAAAUGGGAGAUACAGUGGAGGUCAUAUUGGAUUACUUGAGACGGCAUCGGUUUACACGGGCCGAGGCUGCUCUGAGGAGGGAGCUCGGGAGUCGUCAGGAUUCUAAUGGUGGGCCUCCUCAUCCGCCCCUUGAAGACUUCGGUAAAUUUAAGGAAAGGAAAGAUGAAGAUGAUGGUACUUCCGAAGGAUUCAGAAGCACUUCCGAGUCUAGUGAACCGGGAAAGCUGAAGAAUCGGGUAUCUGCAAGCCCACCAGUUAGCGAUUCGUCUUCGGAGCUUAUAAUCAAGGAGGUUGAAUGUGGAACUGUUACAAAUGGGUCUGAGAGGAGAUGGAAGAACAUCGAUUCUGUUUUGAGCAAUGGAUUAGGUAUCCCUGAGAUAACUACUGCCAAUCAAACUGAAAGGGCAAGUGAGAAGAGGUUUGAUUUACCACAAGGACCGGUGGACUUGCAAAGCUUCAGCGUUCCAAACACAUCUGCAGGUCUUUAUGCAUGGGAUUUUAAAGCAGCAGCUGAUGGCAACUUCAAGAAUUCUGUCACCACUGUGGAGAAAUUUUCAGAUCUUCAAAUGUCUGGGGAUACCAAACAUCAUGCUGGGGAUAGCUCAAGUAAAAACAGUUCGGUAAAAAGCAUGAGAACUGCUGGAGAUGACUGUGAAUGGUAUAAUGGCAGCAGCCUGCAGAGCCAAAGUUGGAAUCUUGGCCCAAAAGGUUGUGCCAGGGACUCCACUACAUUGGAGGCAUUACCAUUAAAUGCUGCUUGUGUGAGUAAUGAGGCUAAAGUUAAGCACGAGAGGACCCAGAGAUGGGAGCCUAGUGAAAUUGACAAGAGAUGCAAAACCUUUGAAGCGUGGUCAUCUUUGGAUGGGAUUAAGCAUGGUGGUUGCCAUUUUAACGGCAAAUCACUGGAAUAUAUGUGGUCAAAAAGUGAGGGAACCUCACAUCCUUCCCUGGAGGUAUGGAAAGAGUGCUCCAUUAAGACAGUCUGUCCAUCCCCCACAUGUAAACCAUCAUCUGAAUGCAGAAACAUUCUUGGUACAACUUCUGGAUGUUCUGACAGCGUUGAUGAAGAAAGUAAAUGUGAAGGUGAAAGAACAAAUUUUAUAUCUGCCAAAAAUACUCACAUUGCUCAAACUCCUUUCGUCAUGGCAACGUCUGAAGCCUGUCCUGAGCAACUGAAUGUUGAAGGCUUGGGGCUGUUUAAUAGCAAAGAAAAUCACAGGGAAGAGCUGCCACAGUUACCACCUGUGAGGUUAAAAUCGGAAGAGAAGCCCAUUAGCAUCCAUUGGGAAGAGGAGGGCCAUUAUGGAUUAGGAUCAAGACCUUCACCUGCUGAUAACACCUUCUCAAUAGGGUCCUUUCUGGAUGUUCCUGUUGGGCAAGACAUCAAUUCUUCAGGUGGUAAAAAGACAGCUGGAAGUGGUUGGCUGUCGGUGAGUCAGGGAAUUGCAGAGGACACUUAUGUGCUUGCUACAUUUGCUGAUGGCUUGAAUGAGCCUGUAGACUAUCCAAAUGAAUAUUGGGACUCAGAUGAGUAUGAAGAUGACGAUGAUGUUGGCUACAUGAGACAGCCUAUUGAAGAUGAGUCUUGGUUUCUGGCCCAUGAAAUAGAUUAUCCAAGUGAUAAUGAGAAGGGAAUAGGGCACACUAAUCUUUCUGAUGAACAGCAGAGGGUCCCAGCAAAAGAUGAUGAUGAUCAAUCCUUUGCAGAAGAGGAUUCUUACUUUUCUGGUGAGCAAUAUUUGCAAGCCAAGAACAUUGAGCAAGUUGUUGCAUCUGAGGACCCAACAAUAUCUAUGACUGAAAUGUAUGGAAGAACUGAUGAAAAUGAUCUGAUUGCUCAAUAUGAUGGGCAGUUGAUGGAUGAGGAGGAGCUAAACCUGAUGCGCACAGAGUCUGUCUGGCAGGGUUUUGUUACUCAAACAAAUGAGCUAAUUAUGCUUGGAAAUGCGGAAGAUUUAAGUGAGCAUGGACACCCUCAGCACGAUGACCCAUGCAUUGAUGAAGACCAACUUGGUUCUGUCAGGUCAAUAGGUGUAGGAAUUAGUAGUGAUGCUGCUGACUUUGGCAGCGAAGUGCAGGAAAGUUUGAUAGGAGACAGCAGUGAAGGGGACUUGGAGUAUUUUCCUGAACAGGACAUAAGUGUUUGUGGAUCCAAACAUGUGCAAAAUAAAAAAUCAGAAAGAUCACAUGGGAGACUGGGCACACACAGAGCAAAGAUGUCUAAACCAGUCUCAAGUAAAGGAAUUAUUUUUUCUGAGAAUGAUGGUUGUGCUCCUGGAAUGGCUUAUGCUGAUAGUGGAUUUUCAUUUCCAUCUUCUUUGCACAAUGAGGAAAUGCUGAAGCCUGAUGCUAGUCAGUGGCCAAGAAAGGAUGACAGGCUGGCUGGCAAUUGUUAUCCCAAUGAUUUUGGUGAUAGGUUGUCUGAGAAUUGUGACAGGUUGGCAACAUGGAGGAGAAAAAGCUCUUCGUCAUCUUCUAUGAAGAGCUCAAGGGAUGAGGGUGUCACCAACACAAGAGCGUCAGCCCAAUCUGCUUCCUCAUCAGUCUCAAAUUCAAACUAUGGUUAUGCAGAGAGAAAGAGUAUGAACAAUGUGGAAGAUGAGAAUGGAAGUGAUGCUAAGGAAGAGGAUGCAGCCCUAAUGCUGGAGGAUGAGGAAGUGGCUGCUGUCCAAGAGCAAGUGAGUCAGAUAAAAGCACAGGAGGAGGAAUAUGAAACUUUUAACCUUAAGAUUGUGCAUCGAAAGAAUAGAACGGGCUUUGAGGAAGAUAAAAAUUUCCAUGUUGUCUUGAACUCGGUGAUUGCUGGGCGCUACCAUGUUACAGAAUAUUUAGGCUCUGCUGCGUUUAGCAAAGCAAUUCAAGCACAUGAUCUACAUACUGGUAUGGAUGUCUGUGUUAAGAUCAUCAAGAACAACAAAGAUUUCUUUGAUCAGAGUCUUGAUGAGAUAAAGCUGCUUAAAUUUGUCAACAAGCAUGAUCCUGCAGACAAGUACCACAUACUUCGUCUCUAUGAUUAUUUCUACUAUCGGGAACACUUGUUGAUUGUCUGUGAACUUCUCAAGGCAAACUUGUAUGAAUUUCAUAAGUUCAAUAGAGAAUCUGGAGGGGAGGUUUACUUUACAAUGCCAAGAUUGCAGUCUAUUACUAUUCAAUGUCUGGAGGCUGUCCAGUUCUUGCAUGGUCUUGGUCUUAUCCACUGUGAUCUGAAGCCUGAGAACAUCCUAGUGAAGAGCUAUAGUAGAUGUGAAGUUAAGGUCAUUGAUCUGGGCAGUAGUUGCUUUGAAACGGACCAUCUUUGCUCUUAUGUUCAGUCUCGGUCAUAUCGUGCACCAGAGGUUAUCUUGGGCCUUCCAUAUGACAAGAAAAUAGAUAUUUGGUCCCUUGGUUGUAUCUUGGCAGAACUUUGCACUGGAAAUGUGCUUUUCCAAAAUGAUUCACCAGCAACACUACUUGCUCGCGUCAUUGGUAUCAUCGGGAAAAUUGACCAAAGCAUGCUUGCAAAGGGACGUGAAACAUACAAAUAUUUUACAAAAAAUCACAUGCUCUAUGAACGUAAUCAGGACACAAACAAACUGGAGUACUUGAUCCCAAAGAAGUCAUCAUUAAGGCAUCGGUUGCCUAUGGCAGAUCAGGGUUUUGUAGACUUUGUUGCACAUCUACUUGAAAUAAAUCCCAAGAAGCGCCCAAGUGCAACUGAAGCUCUUGCACAUCCAUGGCUGUCAUAUCCAUAUGAGCCGAUCUCAUCAUGAUCCAUGUGGGUUUAUUUUAGUGGUUAUGGUUUUGUGGGAUCAAGUGGUGCUGUUUAAACCAUGUGCUUGUUGCUGCUCCACUGGAUGAGAAUGAUUGCCUUAUCAUGCUAGCAGGCAAGAUAUACCAAUGACAGUCUCAGGGAAAUGUAUAGUAGAGGCACAAUGGGCCCAAGCUUUCGUUUCAAGGCAGCCUAUACUUGUGAUGGGUGGCUAUAUCACGACGAGUGUUGCCAAAGGAACGGCUUUGUACGGUAUCCUGUAAGCUGUGUUGUAUUUUUGCAUGCACAAAGUGUUCACGAGUCCUGGGAUGGAGGUAAUUAUUGUGUAUAUGUGAAUCUGUGAUUAUUUUUUUUUCUCAAGGUUUUGCUGAUGGUCCAUCGGGUUGUUGUCUGUAUCACUGUUCUCUGGACAAGAUGCUGUUGCUCUCUCUGUCUCUUGCAAUCUCCUUCACCCCCCUCUC